GGGUCACGUGGCGGCUGGCCCGCGGGGGACGCAGCCAGGUGUCAGGGUUCGGCUCCGCUCACCUGGCCGAGCACCGCCCAGGAAGUGUGUUGUGGGGGCGAGGCGGGGUUCUGGGCGGAGCGGCUCUCACUCGAUGGACACCGGGAGCUAACCCGGCCCGGCCAGACCUGCUGCCCCUCAGAGCGAGGAACCUGGAGGUUGGACCUGCGGGACCCGACCCGGACCGGCUUCCUGCUCAGCUCCUGCUUCGCAGCGCAGGGACCCUGACCAGCCAGCAUGUCACAGCGGCACUCAGACAGCACCUUGGAGGAGAAGUUUCCAGAAUACCGCUUUCAUUCAGAGUUGCAGCUUGAUGUCCAGGGCUGCCCAGCGUCCAGGUUGCCAGUGGUCCGGGGCUCCCUGAGGGCGCAGGACAGUGUUGCCCCCCUGCUUGAUGCCCCUGCGGUCCCACCCUCACCUCUGGGGGACCAGGCCCCAGCAGAUGUGGUCCUGAGCACGCAGAGCCCCGCAGCCCUCAAGAUGGGCACCCAGCAGCUGAUCCCCAGGAGCCUGGCUGUGUGUAGCAAGGCGAAGGCCCCCGCCCGCCACCAGAGCUUUGCGGCAGCUGUGCUCAGCAAAGAUGCUGCCCGGCAGGACCCCCAACUUCUGGUGGCCCCCAGCUUCUCCCUGGAUGACAUGGACAUGGAUAUGGGUCCCAGGGGGGCACUGAGGCGCAACCUGCGGAACCAAUCCUACCGGGCGGCCAUGAAAGACCUGGAACCACUGGCUGUUGAGGGGGGCUCUGUCCUGCUCACCCCCAAGCUUCAGGCCCUGGCAGAGGAGCCCAGCCAGCCUCCUAGUCGCUGCCCAGCCAAAAAUAAGAAGACCCUGGGCCGCAAGCGUGCACACAAGGGCUCCUUCAAGGAUGACCCCCACUUCUACCAGGAGAUCCGGGAGCGAGGCCUCAACACCAGCCAUGAGUCUGAUGAUGACCUCCUGGAUGAGCCCCUCAGCCCCAGUGGAACCCAGAAGGUAGAUACCCCCAUUGUGGUCCAGAACUUCCGGGCCCCCCAGGUCACCUGGAGCCAGCUUCCAGAGGUGGUGGAGCUGGGCAUCCUAGACAUGCUACCUGCCGAGGAGCGCAAGAGGCAGGAGGCCAUGUUUGAAAUCCUCACAUCCGAGUAUUCAUACCAGCACAGCCUGGGCAUCCUGGUGGCCCAGUUUUUGAGGUCCCCAAAGCUGCGGAGCACCAUGACCCAGAUGGAGUGGCACCACCUCUUCUCCAAUAUCUUGGAUGUACAGAGUGCCAGCCAGAGGUUCUUUGAACACCUGGAGCAGCGGUACAAGGAGCAGGUGUGUGUGGAGGACAUCAGUGACAUCCUGGAGGAGCAUGCUGAGAACCACUUCCAGCCCUACAUCGUUUACUGCUCCAAUGAGGUCUAUCAGCAGCGGGUGCUGCAGCAGCUGACAAACAUCAGUGCCAGAUUCCGUGAUGAACUGAGGGAAAUCGAGAAGCAGCCAGAGUGUGGGGGCCUGCCCAUGAUCUCCUUCCUAAUCCUGCCCAUGCAGAGGGUCACCCGGCUGCCCCUCCUAGCUGAUACACUCUGCCUCAGGACCCAGGGCCACCCUGAGAGGUUCAAGGCUGCCAGCUGUGCAUUCAAAGCCAUUAGCAAGCUGGUGAAGAAGUGCAAUGAGGGGGCCCACAAGAUGGAACGCAUGGAGCAGAUGUGCAUGCUGCAAAAACAGCUGGACUUCAGUAAGGUCAAGUCACUACCCCUGAUCUCUGCUUCCCGCUGGCUGCUUAAGCGCGGGGAACUCCUGAUGGUAGAAGAGACUGGGCUUUUACGGAAGCUGGCCAGCCGGCCUCUGUGCUACCUCUUCCUGUUCAGUGAUGUCCUGGUGGUCACCAGAAAGAAGAGUGAGGACAGCUUUGUGGUCCAGGACUAUGCCCAGGCAGAUGACAUCCAGGUGCAGAAGCUGGAGCCCUCAGACCCGUCCCUGCCAGGUGGAGGCAGCCGCAGCUCCUCUGUGCCACACCCCUUCCAAGUGACGCUACUGCGCAACAGCGAGGGCCGCCAGGAGAAAAUGCUGCUGGCCUCUGACUCUGCGAGUGACCGGGCCCGCUGGAUCACAGCACUCACCCACAAGGAGAGGCAGAACCAGGGUCCCACCAACAAAGGAGACCUGCUGCAGGUGGAGGUCACCAAGGCCUACCUGGCCAAGCAGGUGGAUGAGAUCACACUGCAGCAGGCAGAUGUGGUGCUGAUACUGGAGCAGGAGGACGGUCCAGAUCCUGAGAUGCUGGAUUUAUCAAAGAUUCUUUUUGCUUCUUUCAAGACAAAGAUCUGGUUUCUCAUCUCAGUCAAAUCCACAGACAUAAUCAAACCCAGUUCCCACUGGAUGAAACUGUUGACAUUAAACUGUUUUGAGCAGCUUAUGUCUUUAGUAAUUUUGAGUAUUUAUGAGUCGUUAUUUUCUUUCUCCACCAGGGCUCUCACUGGGGCUCAGUGCCUGCAUGGUUUAACUGCUCCUCAAGGCCAUUUUUCUUUUCCUCUAGAUAGAAGGUGAGAGCCAGACAGAGAGAAGGGGAGGUACUGCAGCACUAUCCCACCAGUCAUGAAUCCUCCCCUGCAGGCUAUGUGAUGGCCUGGGAUUUGAACUCAGGUCUUGAUAUGUGUGUGCUCUCCUAAGUAAGUCUCCUUCUUGCCCCCUCAAUGAUUUUUUUGUGACUUAUCUCACUUGGUGUUGGAAUCAAAUUAGCAAUGGCCUCCAGAAGUAGGCCUGUGGAUAAACUCACUGUCUUGAAUCUAAUAGUUAAUCUAGUGGCCCCAGGGCAGUGGCCUCAGGUAGUAGCACUGUUAACUUUUGCAUUUACUUAACCCACUGGUUUACUCAAGUUUUUAAUCUCUAUUUACACCAACACAGACAUUUUAUAUUUUCCUCUCAUUUUUCCCUAAAUUUUUCAAAGUUGGCCAUGAUGUCCUUUUUAUGUCUUUUGUGUUGCGUCUGGAGUUAGGUCUUCCUUCUGCACUGACAUCAUAUUUCUGUACUAUCCUGCUAGAGCUUUUUAUUUCUUACUGAUCAAAGAAGGAAUUCAAUUUUGUAAAUGUUCCAUUGUUCUCCAGUUGCUGUAUAUAUUCAUAAUGAACACAGUGAAUGGAUUUUUCCCCUUUUGUUGCCCUUGUUUUUAUUGUUAUUAUUAUUGUUGUUUGUUGUUGGAUAGGACAGAGAGAAAUCAAGAGGAGGGGAUGAGAAAGACACCUGAAGACCUGCUUUACCACCUGUGAAGUGAACCCCCUGCAGGUGGGGAGCACAGGGCUUGAACCAGCAUCCUGAUGCUGGUCUGUGCACUUUCCACCAUGUGCAGUUAACCCGCUGUGCCACCACCUGGCUCCCUUUUCUUCUUCUUUUUUUUUUUUCUUUUUUUUUUUGUCUCCAGGGUUAUCACUGGG